GGUUCGAGAUGAAUCCCCCAAGUGUUACAACAUUGCGACCAGAUAUUUCAAAACCAAAAUCAGAGUCGCCGGAUAAACCUCCGAUCGACACGAUAAACGAGGGAUUUGACGGGGAAAUGUCAUGCAAGGUUUAUUGUAAGGAUCACGAAGUACCCGAAAAUUUUUUAACAAUGAAUACUCGGGACCCACAGUCACAUCAGUCUGCGCUGUAUGCAUACAUAAAAAAAUAUAAGAAAUACGACUUGUCUCAAAGGGAGCGCAAGUUGCAAACCCGAUACACUCUAACAAUACCGGAACACAUCAAAGCGCAAAUGGAUGCACAGAAAGCCUGGUACGAAUUGUCAACUACAGACGACGAUAGUGAAGAUAGCAGUGAUGACGAAUUUGUGAAUAAAAAAGGGAACCGGAAAAAGGAAGUUGAAGAAGAUAUAAAAUUGAAGGAUAUUGAAGAUGCACUCAUUAAAAUCACCAGGUUUUCGAUAGGCGAUGCCAUAAACAUUAUCUGCCACCGGUGUUAUCAAAAUGAGAAGGCAUCAAUUGGAGAGGUUCCGGAAGAGGGUAUUAAAACUGAAGACACUAAAAAGGGGGAAAAGGAGUUUUAG